AUGGGAUAUGAUGAAGAUAGAGACAAUGACUUGCAGACUCAGACCAUUGAUGAACAGCCCUUCUACACAGAACUUAUGGGUGGCGAGAACAAUGCAAAUAAUAGCGGAGUAUGGGCUGUUGAAGUUUCGAAUGGGCAAUGGUUCAUAUGGGUUCUUCUUGAUGUCCUUACUGUGUACUCAAGGGGUGAAAUCGAGAAAGGGCUGCUGGGAUGGUAUCUAGUACUGCUAGGAAUCCACCACCAGGGAACUCCCAUCAGUGAUAAGAGAACACAUAGCGAACAAUCCCAAGCGCUUACGCACGGUUUCGAAGAAUUAGACGAAGCCAAAGCACAAUCAGAAGCAAUAUGUCCACAGACAGUAGUCAUGUCGUCAGACAUAUCUUGCAAUUCCGCAGCUCUGAGUAAGAAGACAGGUUCCAAGUACGAAAUCUUGGAGCAUAAAAACUACGCCCGUUUCCAGCACCGGAAGGAGGCCCAACUAGUAAAAUUUGGAGACAAAGAGAGCGGGAAGGAUCAACUGAUCAAGUCAGAGAUCGCCCAUCUCCCACUUUCCGGAUUUAAUAAAACCCCGAAACUUGUAGACUUUACUGUUCUUAACAGCUUCUCUAAGAAGAAACUCAAACAACCUUCAAAAAUGGAUACAACGGAGGCAGCAGUAGCUAGGCACACGUGCCUGAAGCUCGAACACUCCGCCGACAUGGCCGAACCAAUUUUCGUCAAAGGAACAUGGUUCGAUACUCACUUUAACCUCUCUAUCACUGAUGGGCUCAACGCUUGGGUCUGCCAUGCGACAGAAGAGGAUGUGAAAGAGAGAGCAGCGCAGUGGGACCAGCCGGUGACUGAGUAUGUUCAUUUAGCUGAGCAAUACUUAGGGUUUCAACAGCCUGGUUCUGUCUAUCGGUUCGCGGAUGCCGGUGAUGGCCAUAAACGAUUGUCAUGGACAUUUGAAAAGGAAGGGACUAGGUUAGAAUGGCGAUGGAAAUGCAAGCCUUCGCCUGACUGUAAGAGGACUACUGCAGGAAUCUUGGAUUUUCUGAUCGAUGCAAAUAUAAGACUAAGUGAAGAAGUUGUCAGCAAGACUCGGUCAUUUGAGCGGAUGAAGGAGGAAGCUGAGAAGUGUUUGGCACAAAGUGAGAAAUUUAACAGCGAGAAGAUGGAAUUUGAAUCUGCAAUAUAUGCAAAGUUUGUUGGGGUCUUGAAUUCAAAGAAACAGAAACUUAGAGGGCUUCGAGAUCAGCUCUCAAAGAAGGAAUCUUCAGGAAAAUUGCCAAAAGAAGAGGAAGAAUCCACAGACAAAACAGACAGUUUUGAUGAAGGCAGUGACAAUGAGAAAAGUGAUGAAGAACCUCCAAAGAGAGUUACAGGCACUUCAAGGAGGGGCCGUGGUAGAAAGAAGACUACACAAUAGAUUUUACAUUCCAGAACUUUAGCAGGCCAACUAUUAUUGGAAAAUAAAAUGUAGGAUACAGAAACCUGGGAUGAUUUUUUUUUUAAUCAUAUCUGCAGCUAGAUGAUUAUUUUUUUUUUUUUGACCAUUUGCUUUAGGCAUUAGUGUCCAGAAAUCAACGCAGUAUUAGGAGCUGGAAGGAACUGAGGUUUAGAAUUAUUCAUUUCUCCCUAGUGCGUUGUUCAUUCCUCUCACCUUUUAAUGUAUAAUAUUAUUUUGGUUUCUAUCAGACUAAAGUUUUCACUAGUA